AUGAAUUUUGUGAGCAUGCCGCAGCACUAUUUUGCUACCAGCGGCUUUGACAGCACGCAGUUUCAUGGGGUCAACCCAACACUGCUCGAGGCGUCAGGGAUUCGGUACAUUGAACGACUCGAGGUGGAGGUGCAGGAGCUGACGCAGCAGUACGAGGCAGCCUGCCAGCUGGUGUAUCGCGCUGUGCUUGUGCAGGAUGUGGCAGUGCUUACAAUCGGUGAGUGCGAGGCCCGACGCCUCCUUGUGGAGGCCGAGUCAGCUGCGUACAGUGAUGUAUUGCGGUUGUUUUUUUGCGUCACAACCACCCAGCGACAAGUAGAGACGGCUGUUAUGUUGCGGGGAAGUGAAAAGGCUGCGGCGCUGCAAAGUGAAUCCGCAGUGAAGUUUGGCGAAAUGCAGAAGAGUGUUGUGAACUUGCUGCGGGGGGCGCUUAGUGAGGAAAAUGAGCGGCUGGCAAAACUGUUAGAGGAAGUGCCGCAGCGGGUCUCUCAUGCACUGACCAUCAGGGAUGCGGCGGAUUUAUCAUUAGGGAAGUCGUCGUUGUUGCUGACGGCAAGUAAGGACUUAGCGCAGGCCGACCCAGCGCGUAUUGACUCCACUGCUGUUCUGCAGCGCCUUGAAAUUAUCAUGACGCGACUUGAUGAGCUGGUCAAGAGUCUAAGUGAAGCACACACAGCGGGUACAAAGCCUGUGCGGAACGGUGAUUCCGUAGGAGGUCAAAUUACGUCGCUACAGGAUGUAGUGAGGCGCCUAGAGGAAUCAUCGAGGCGCAUAGAUGAGGUGCUGCGCUGUCGCAGGGGAGAUGCUGAGUUCUCUCAGUCGGACCCUCACAAACCUACGUCGCCUGAAGCAGCAGUAACGCAUACGUCCCCAGCAGCGGCCUCAUCAUCGUCACCGUUGGCUCACAACGCGUUUCAGGACUUUUCAAUGCUGCAAAAGUUGGCAGAAAAGUCCGUCUCCACGUUGACGUCUCUAUUUUCCGAGUACAUGUUAGCGAGCGAUCAGAUACGGAUCCUGGCUGAGCACGAGAUGAGUGUUAUUCUUCUGGUUCAUGACAGGGAGAAUAUGAUACGCUGGAAUCGAUGGAUGGAAGAGAAGUGGUAUGAAAUCCAACAUCUUCAGAACGAAGUAGAAAGGCUAGAAAGACAGGCACAUACUAUGCAUUUUACGGACGCUGCCGGCGUCAGUGCUACCACGCCUGGGACUAGUAGAGAAACGAGGGAGGUCCCUGCAACGCUUGCUCAGCUCUACACGCAGUUCGCCGCCCCGUUUGUUCCACCAAAUGUACGCACCGCACGAGCCACGAAGAUGCAGAACAUUUCCAAACUGCGCAAGGAGGCGAUGCGCGUGGGAGCCCGACCAGCUUCAGCUAUCUCUGCUAAUGAUGGUCCUGUUCGCGUUGCUUCAGCUGCGAGGAAUAUCCCUACCGCUUUGGAAGGGCAAGCACCACUCGCUGUGGCGAGCUCUCCAGUGGGGCAGAAAAGCGGCGGUGAUUUGCCAUUAGAAAGCACUGUGCGCUACGCGUUGGGGGCAUCUUGCAAUCCCCCCGUUUUACGGAAUGUAACACAGCAGGAAGAAGCGAAGGGGGAGGUGGAAAAUAGCAUUGCGACUAUGCCGGAAUUGAAUAGCACUGCUUCUAUUUCGCUACCCAAGGCCCUCACCGCCAGCUUUCGUGUGACACCGGAGGGGACCGCUGCGAGGACUGAUGGUGGUGUUGCCGGCAGUGUCACCAACCUCUCGGCGGUGACGGGCGAGCCCAAAGGGAGAGGGGCUCUCGGCCUUGCCAUCCGUCAGCUGCAGCGGAGCGAUUCAACGUACAGCUACACCACCUCCGCGAGUGCCGACAGCAUCAUUAGCUCCACGCAUACGGGUGGUCAUGCAGUCCAUGAUGACGCCAGUAGAGCACCGGAGCAGGCCGUGGUAGAGAAUUCAUCUGAUGAGAGUUUCGACAGUUCACCUAAGGCGCGGCAAAGUGACUUGGUGGUGUCCUCCGACAGGAUGAAUCAAGAGAAACACACAAAAAAGAGCGAUCUUGCUGGUUUCGCCCCCCCUGCCGCGUUGGAGACGAAAGGAAAGGGGGUGGUGACUGCGUUGCAGCACCGCAGGACUCGAGGUGUGCAGUCGGAUUCCUCCUCCAGUUCCAUCACGUUGACGCUUGACACCUCCCGAGGCAGUGAAUACAAGCGGCAGGGAGCAGCAGCGGAAACGAAGGCGACGCCGCUCAAUAAACGCCGCUCGUUUGACUGGGAUGACACUCCUCCGAAAGCUGCCAUCAAUAAAGAAGGGGAAGUGGAGAGAGGUAAAUCUGGUGGCCCGGCCACAACACUUCUCUGUGGCCUGAAGUCACUGUCCUUUGCCUCUCAUCGAUGA